CUUGUGAAUUUGCCGUGUUCUGAACCAAGAUGAACAUCGAUACUGCGCUUUUCAAGGUCAACUACUCGGGCGCGGACAACGUCACGCUGUUUGCCAUCCACGACAACUGCUGGGAGUGCGACUUGCGGCCCACAGUUCGAAACAAUUGCAAACCCGGCAUCGAAACCAGUUGUGUGAGCUUCACCACCACCGCCGACUUCAACUUCACCACCGUGUACCCGUGGGAUUUGGAGCUUCGCAAGUCGUCCGACAACACCACCGUGCUGUGGAGCAGUCGGCAGUCUUUCGACGAGCACGCGACGUACCAACUGAACGUCACGACCGACGCCGCCACCGGCAAAGUCAUCACGUCGACAUACGCCCAGAUAGUCACUGGCAGCUCGUCGUCCGCGCUCCCUUUCGUCUUGCUGGGGCUCGUGUUGAUGUGGAUCGUCGGGUGCUUUGGUUCGUUUUUCUGGAAGAAGCAAACGACAGUGACCGUUGUCAAGUCCCCCGGGCUCCAAGAAGAAAUGCUACCCCGCGGCAGUCGCGACGAUGGGUUGUGCGCCCCACAAGCUACGGCGCUGCCACUGCAAGUCCAAGACGUGGCCGCCCCUGUCGUCGCCCCGAAGAAGGAGCGCGUCGUGUGUCUGGAUGUGUUUCGGGGCAUCGACCUGUUUUACAUGAUCUUCUGCAACCAAGGCGGGGGGGGGUACUGGUUCUUUGAGCACGCAGCCUGGAACGGGAUCAUGCCGACGGACUUUGUGUUUCCCUUCUUCGCGUUCAUUAUGGGGGUAACUAUGAACAUUGGCAUGUCUUCCCACGAGAAGAAAGGCACGGCGUUGUGGCGCGUACUUUUCGAUCAUGCGAUCCGGUCGGUCAAGCUGUUUCUCCUCGGCCUGUACUGCAACAACUACCGCAACUUGACCACGGGGCGCAUCCCCGGCGUCUUGCAGUCGUUCGGGUUUGCGUACUUGGUGUGUGCGAUCGCGAUCGUGGCUGGCCGCGCGUGCCAGUCGGCGUCCGUACCCGCGCUCCGCCGAGCGGUUGAAGGUGGCAUCAUCUUGGCCGUUGUGGCCAUCUACCUCUUGGUGGCGUUCUUUCUGCCCGUGGAAGGCUGCCCCCGCGGGUACUUUGGCCCGGGCGGGGACUCGGAGCACGGCAAGUACCCCAACUGCAUCGGCGGCGCCCACUUGGUUGUCGACCGCGCCAUCUUCGGAGAUAUUCACUUGUAUCAACAUGGCACGUCCGGCAAGAUUUACAACACCAAGGGGGGAUGGGACCCCGAAGGAUUCCUCACAUGGCUCAUGGUCGCGUUCUGUUGUUAUAUUGGGUACUUUUUUGGCGGUCUCUUUCUCCGCGAGUCGUGCUGGAAGAAGAAGGUAUCCGUGCUGGCAAUUCCGGGCGUGGUCAUGAUCUUGCUGGCGUUGAUCUUGUGUGGGUUUAAAAUCAACGGCGGGUGGAUUCCAUUGAACAAGAACUUGUGGAGCUUGUCGUACACGUUGUGCACGUCCGGCGCGGGGUGCGUCAUGCUUGCGCUGCUGUAUGUUGUCGUGGACAAGUUCAAAGUCUGGGACGGCGUGCCGUUCAAGUACAACGGCAUGAACUCCAUCUUGCUGUACAUUGGGCAUCAAACCUUGUAUAACCAUACUCCGUUCGACUUCGACCGCGACGACAACUCGCACUUUGAAAAGACCUUGGUCAACUUGACUGCGGCUCUCUUGUGGACAUAUGUCGCAUACUGGUGCUACAAGCGCAACUUGUUCUUUACCGUGUAAGCAAAGCGUUGUAGAUGAGAAGUUCAUGGGCUCAUUAGUGGUGUUAUAAUAAUGUAUUGUCAAUUCGCUGUAAACUACCAACA